CGCCGGGAACGCCCAGGAUGUAUGACUCUGGAUCUGUCGGCUGCGGAUAAAUGGCCAGGGCUGCUGUAGGCGCAAUGCUACGUUUCCCGGCCUUGCGAGAAGUCGGGUGCCUCGCGGCGAUUGGAGCUGCAGUUUCUAUUGCAGUGUCACCGGGCUGACCACGAAGGACUCUGCCAGGCGAGUGGGACUCCGACUACCCGUGAAUGCCAGGCGAUACUUAAAUACCUGUGUGGUUUGGCCACCAUUCGCAAUGGAGUUUCCUGACCUGGGGAAGCACUGUUCAGAACCGACUUGCAAACAACUAGAUUUUCUGCCAAUCACGUGUGAUGCCUGCAAACAAGAUUUCUGUAAAGACCAUUUUUCCUACUCGGGUCAUAAGUGUCCCUUUGCAUUCAAGAAGGAUGUGCAGGUGCCUGUGUGUCCACUCUGUAAUGCCCCCAUCCCAGUGAGGAGAGGUGACAUCCCAGAUGUGGUGGUCGGCGAGCACAUGGACAGAGAUUGCACCUUUCACCCCGGGAGGAACAGAAACAAGGUUUUCACACACCGCUGCUCCAAAGAGGGAUGCAGGAAGAAGGAGAUGCUGCAGCUGGCUUGUGCCCAGUGCCAUGGCAACUUCUGCAUUCAGCACAGGCAUCCUCUGGACCACAACUGCCAAGCUGGGAGCAGCUCAGUCAGCAGAGGGAGGUCUUCCGCAUCCAGAGCUGCUGAGCAGAAGCCAUCGGGAGUCAGUUGGCUGGCCCAGCGACUCAGGCGGACAGUGAAAUGACGGGGAGGCUCCUGUCAGUGCUGCACCCCAGCUCCUUUCUGUUGACUUUUAAUCUUGGUGACGUGGCCUCCGGCACUUUCCUGCUUCUCUGGAGUCUGGGUCUUUAUGGAAGAGUCUCCCAUUGACUGCUCAAGUUAGGAUGAGGAGAUGGCUCAGUGGGUAAAGCGUUUGCCUCACAAGCAUGAAGACCUGAUAGCAUCUCCAGAACUGAAUGUUGUAGUCUCAGCACUUGGGAGGUGAGGAGAUGACGCUCCGGGGCUCUCUGACCAGCAACCUUGCCUUAUUGGAGAGUUCCAGGCCAGAAAGAUGCUGCCUCAAAAACCAAGGUGCACACUUCCUGCGGAAGGACAUCAGAAACUUACGUCUGGCCUCACACACACAAACACAUGGUAUAUAAUUUAUUUGGUAAAGUAAACGAGGCUGUUGAGCCACUUACUGAGAUGGGUUAGGUUACCAUAGCCAAAGCUGGGGACUUGUGUCAACCUCCUUAGUGGUUGGUUUGGUCUGUGCUAAACCACUCCAGGACUUGGUAUUCUGGAAAAGUCUGUCCUUUAACAGAUAAGAUCCACCUCUGCUCUCUAUUCUCCCCUACAUGACUUUUGUAAUGAGGUGCCUUUGGGGCACAGUCUGCUCAUGGUCCCCAAGAACAAGAGUUGGUGUGGCACCCUUUCCUGACCUCUGGCUGGGGCACUGUAGAGGGAGGGUACAUACCCUGCCCGCAGUGAUGUCUCCAAGGUUGAUUUAAGCAACCAGCUCCUCCCUGCCACGGCUCCAGGCUCCACAUGCCUGGGUUAAGGCUGGGUUUGUUUUUUGAGACAGUGUCUUAACUAUGGAGCGCUGACUGUUCUGGAACUCACUCUGUAGACCAGUCUGGCCUUGAACUCAGUGAUCCCCCUGACUCUGUCUCCAGAAUGUGGAUUCUCCCAAGAAAAGCAGCAAGACCUGGGCGCCAUUUCAGAGCUGUCUAAUUUUGCAAUGGAAGCUUCUCAUGUCGGAGCACCAUGGCAGCAGGCCGAGGGUGUCCUUGGGCACUUUGCAGAGCAGAAACCCAGACAGAAGAAGAGCAGUGGCUCUGGGCCUCUGGGUGCAGCCACAGUCGCUCCUGUGCUACCUGUGUGGCCUGACCACAUCUACCACCAUGACAGUGUUGGGGAAGAUGCUUGGAGGUACUCUGGUGACCUCCAUGUAAGGGUUUACCCUCACUUUCCAGGAGCUUGAGUAUCAGGGAUGACAUGGGACAAACCACCCGAGCUGCGUUAGACCUUUACCCUUCGUUCAGACAGCCUUUAGGACAGUUGACUGCAUGAAUUCCAUACAGAGCAGCAUUGUGCAGAUUUUGUGACCUCUGGCUGUCAUGGACAGGCAGGGGUGGGUUCCGCUCUGUUCUCUAAAGACUUGACUCUGUCCUAAGCCAGUGCCUCUGGUCACAUCAGUGCACCAGCCUGCUUUAGUCCAGCUCUAGGCCCAUCAGUGCCUCCUUCUGUCCCCAGUGUUUGGCUAGAUCUGGGGCCUGGGGACUUGGGUUCUUAGAACAAGGUCUCUGCAGUGGUGCUAUGUGGGGACACAGACAAACCAUUCUAUUGUACUUGCACUCCCAGGUGACAGCCACUCACCCUCAUAUAGUAGACACUUGAGAUGUAACCUGCAUAACAAAGCUUUUAAUUCCACUUAAGUUUUUUUUUUUAAAGAAUUUAUUUUAUGUAUAUGAGUGCACUGUAGCUGCCUUCAGACUCACCAGAUCCCAUUACAGAUGGUUGUGAGCCACCAUGUGGUUCCUGGGGAUUGAACUCAGGACCUCUGGAAGAAGAAUCGGUGCUCUUGACCUUGGAGCCAUCUCUCCAGCCCCCUUGACUUAAAUUUUAAAAUAGGUGGGCUCAGUAAUUAGUCAAUGUUUAAAUAAGGACUUAGAGUCUACCCCCUAACCAUUUUAUGCAGUAAUGUUUCCACUGAGAUGACUCUAAAUUGGGAAUUAAAAGCACAUAGCGUGGGCUGGGGGAACGGCCCAGUGAUUAAGAGCUUGUACCUCUCUUGCAGAGGACCAAGUUUGGUUCCCAGCACCACCCAUAUUAGAUGGCUCCAGGAUCUGAUGCCACUGAACUCUGGGCCCUGGCACUCACAUGCACAUGUUCUUAAACAUAAAUGUGGAAGUACACUGAGAAAGGUUAGAGUCUAGGAUAGUGGGCUGAACCUCACCUAGAGCCUACCACUGAGGAGCUGUGGCCAUGUUUCAAUAGGAGAGCACUUGCCUAGAACCCCUCGGGUCUGGGGCAUAGUUUAGUAGUGGAGGACCUGCCUGUCAUGUCUGAGGCCUCAGAUUCUAUCCCAACUAUUGCAAGGAAACAGUCACCAGACUGAAGACAAUAUCAAAUGUAAGACAUUGUGUGUUGAAAUAUUUUAUACUGAUCAAUAAAAAUUUAUUUCACCUGUC